AGAAGAUCCUAUCGACAUGGUUAAGUCAGUUGCAAGGAACUUCCUGGAUGGCAUUUUUGAUGAUUUUAUGGAAAAAAAUGUGUUAAAUAGGGAUAAGUUACAAAGAAUAGGGAAAGGAGUGAACCUCAUCGUGAACAGUACUGAAAGCCUAGUUGAAGAUCUCACUGAGAAAACUGAAGUGGCAGGCAAAAUAUUGAUGAAUCGGCUCUUCCAAACCAAGAAGCAGAUAAAAUUAGAUAUAUCCAGUGAUGGAGAAGGAAGGCCGAACACGCCUGGCCUCAUCAUCUGCAACAAAGAAUUUGAUCACCUUAGUAACCGAUAUGGUUCUGAAGUUGAUCUUUCAGGGAUGCAAGACCUACUUGAAAGCCUUGGAUACUCAGUGGUUGUAAAAAUGAAUCUUACAGCUCUGGAAAUGGAAACAGCGUUAUUACAGUUUGCUGCCCGGCAAGAACACCGAUCUUCGGACAGUACAUUCUUGGUGUUUAUGUCUCAUGGCAUCCUGGAAGGAAUCUGUGGGACAAAGCACACAGAACGAGAGCCAGAUAUACUUCACGAUGAUACAAUCUUCCAGAUUUUCAACAACCGUAACUGCCAGAGUCUAAGAGACAAACCCAAAAUCAUCAUCAUGCAAGCAUGCAGAGGCAGAGGUGAUGGGACUGUUUGGGUGGCUGACAUGGGAAGAUCCUUCGCGUAUAGAGAUGACCAUACCUUUCAGUGUCACAUCUGGAGUGAUGCAGUUACAAAGACCCAUGUGGAGAAGGACUUCAUUGCGUUCAAAUCUUCAACUCCACAUAAUAGUUCUUGGAGAAUGAGCACAAGUGGUUCGCUCUUCAUUUCCCAAAUUAUCUACCACUUCAAAGAAUAUUCUCAGCAUCAUCAUUUGGAGGAGAUUUUUCGAAAGGUUCAACGUGCAUUUGAGACACCAAAUAUAGUGGCUCAGAUGCCCACGAUUGAAAGAGUAUCUAUGACACGGUAUUUCUACCUCUUCCCCGGCAACUAAGACUAUUAUGAAGCUUCUCAGACAGGGGAUAGAACCAACAACCCAG